GUUGAUCCUUCCAACCGUAUCGAGACAAACAACACUAAAUACGUUCAACUUACGGGGGCAGCUUAUCUAGUCUUCAGACAUCCAUGAGGGAGAAAACCAAUGACACAUUUUACUGCUGUAAGAUUACAAGCUAUAGCCUAUAGGCAACAGUGCAACAUGUUGAAGCCAUUGGCGGCAACGCUUAGCUCCUCGUGCCCAGGGUCUGGUGUAGGAGUACACCACGAAAACUUCGCAAAGCAGCGUUACCUUGCUAGGUCUUGUGAAGGAGGUCGUUGGCCAACAGCUUUCGGAGGAUCAUUGCAUUUCUGUUCUAAUGAUCAAAACUUUUUUCAAAUUAGAAGAAUAAGAAUCAGGUGCCCAACCCGACGGCAGCAUAUAUUUCCCAAGUGUACGGCAGACAUUUCUGACAGCCCCUGUCAAGAGGAGAAAGAUGUUUCUAAAGCAACCUUGAUAUGGAGGGCAAUUAAAUUGCCAAUUUAUUCUGUUGCUUUGGUUCCUCUAACUGUAGGUGGCGCAGUGGCUUAUUUGCAAACAGGCCUAUUUUCUGUUAGACGUUAUCUUAUGCUCUUGGCUUCUUCAGUUCUGAUUAUUACUUGGAUCAAUUUAAGCAAUGAUGUCUACGAUUUUGAUAUAGGAGCAGAUAAGAACAAAAAGGAGUCAGUAGUAAAUUUGGUUGGCAGCCGUUCAGGGCCAUUUAUUGCUGCCUACUUGUCACUUGCCCUUGGCUUCAUGGGGCUGACUUGGGUAUCUGCAGAUGCCGGAAGUAUGCGUUCCUUGUUAUUACUGGCUUGCGCAAUCACUUGUGGUUAUAUAUAUCAGUGCCCACCAUUUCGGUUAAGUUACCAAGGAUUGGGAGAGCCCUUGUGCUUUGCAGCUUUUGGCCCAUUUGCAACUACUGCUUUCUACCUGUUGCUGGGCAGCACAAGUGAGAUAAUAUUCCUCCCCUUAACUCGCACAGCUCUUUCUGCAUCACUCCUUGUAGGCGUCACAACAACCCUUAUUCUGUUUUGUAGUCAUUUUCAUCAGAUUGAAGAAGAUAUGGCCGUUGGCAAAAUGUCACCUUUGGUCAGGAUGGGCACUGAGAGAGCUUCAGUAGUUGUGAAAGGGGCAAUCUUGACACUCUAUGCUGUUUUAUUUGCUCUUGGUUUUUGCAGAGCUCUUCCACUGACUUGCGUUGUUUUUUGUGCCCUGACCUUACCCAUAGGGAAACUGGUUGUUAGCUAUGUCGAAGAGAACCACAAGGACAAAGGGAAGAUCUUCAUGGCAAAAUAUUAUUGCGUGAGAUUGCAUGCUUUAUUUGGAGCUGCAAUGACUGCAGGGCUGGUCUAUGCUAGGAUGCUUGCUAAAUGAUAAGUGAAGAGGUUAUCAUUUUCUUCUAUGAUUACAGUUUAUACUGCAUAGGCUAGAUUUAGAGAGUUACUGCGACCAGCUUGAGUACUCUUUAGCAAUUUUGAGAGUGGAGAGAUUAGGAAAUCAUUUAUCCUUGUCUUCCUAACUCAAAAGUCUUGGAUAAAAAGAUCAGUUGGGGAUUAGGAUUCAGAGUUGCAGUGGGACAAUAUUCUUUGGAAAGGUAAAUCUCUGAAAAUGUUUGUCUCCAGAUCGCUUGGACUGCAUGCAUUUAUUUCUAUUGAAAGGAGAAUAAUAACAGAAAACAGGAGAGGACUACUGGGUUUACUUCAACGCCCUUGUAGAUGUAGUGCAUAGCGGAUAACAAUGAAAGUAGAAGCUCGACCAUGGUUCAAAAUGUUGUCUAUAAGCCUAUUAACAGACUCCUUGCAGCUGAGGCUUCACGCUCGAGUGAAUACAUCUGAGCAAGCUCAUUCUCUGUGUUGCUUUA